CUUCACCAUGUUUCUCCACAUCAACAGGUAGUUGGUCAGCCCAUAAAUGAUGGACCAGGAGCCUUCUCCGGAGAACUUUGGUGGACCGUUACCGAGCUUCAAGUGGCUCUGUGAAGAAUUGUUUGUGAAGUUGGAUAGAAUCCAUGCAGAGAACAACAAGUUAACCGUCACUGAGCAGAAGAGGAAAGUUGUUGAAGUGUUUAUACAGCACUGGAGAGGAACUGUGGGACCACAGUUCUUCCCAGCGUUGAGACUCAUCAUGCCGAAUAAGGACCGUGAGAGACUGUACAAUAUCAAGGAUUACUACCUUGGGAAGCGAGUCUUGGAAUUGCUGAAGAUUCCGAAGAGUUCCUCAACUACUGAACGAGUUAUCAACUGGAAGCGAGGCACUGGUGAAAGGAUGUCGAAGAUAUGUGUUGAGGUACUGCGUGAAAGAAGGCCAGACGUUAAAGGUGGGGGUAUCUCUAUCGAGGAAUUGAACAGGAUACUGGACAGACUUUCCAGUCUGGAUUGUAAAAAGCAGGAACAGAUGACGAUACUGAGACACUGCUUAGAUAACAUGUGCUUUGUCGAAGUAAGGUAUUUUCUGGAUAUCCUUCUGAAGAAGAACAUCGUUAGAAACAUGGAGAACACAGUCCUUUAUAUGUGGCACCCGGAUGCUGUAAACUACCUGAAGGUGGUUUCAGAUCUGAGGCAUCUGUGCGAUAAGUUGUAUGACCCUGGAAAAAGACUAUCUCAAGCAGAGUUGAGCAUAAACUUGGGAUUCCCAUUCUCACCGCAACUGGCUAAGAAGCCAAACAUUUCAUAUGCUAACCUGGUUCAAUCAUUUCAGUCAAACUUCGUCAUCGAGGAGAAAUUGGAUGGCGAAAGGAUCCAGAUGCACUAUAUCAACUACGGCGAAGAGAUACGCUACUGGUCCCGCCGUGGUACAGAUUAUACCUAUCUUUAUGGAGAUUCACUAACCAGCGGUUGUAUUUCACCACACUUGAGAUUCUUGGAAAACGUCCAAUCAGCAGUAUUGGACGGCGAAAUGGUCACCUAUGACCCCGAAAGAAAUGCCAUAUUGCCCUUUGGGGCAUUGAAGAGUUCAGCAGUCCAGGAAUUGCAAAGGAUACAUGGGAACAUAACUGAAUGCGACAGACUUACAGCAAGACCUUUGUUCAUAGUCUUUGACAUUUUGCACUUGAAUGGAUCAUCCUUGGUUUACAAAACGCUGGAACAUAGAAAGGAAUUCCUAAAUGCAGUUCUAAGACCAACGGAAACCUUUGUGGAAAUUAUAAACUCUGUUAGAGCAACUGAUGAAUCCAUGAUUGUGAAGGCACUCGAAACAACGAUAUCCAAAGGUUUGGAAGGUAUAAUGGUGAAGCAGUUACAGAGUAAGUACUAUAUGGAUAAGAGGUCGGAUUUUUGGGUCAAAAUCAAACCUGAAUACUUAGAACAAUUUGGUGAAAAUGUUGAUCUUGUUGUCAUUGGACGUGAAAAGUCUAAAAAGGAUAUAUACUACUGUGGAUUAAAAGUUGAUGAUUCACCUUUGUUUUGGUGUUUUUGUCGAGUGGCUAAUGGAUUUGAUCAGGAUGAUUACAGAAAGAUUGAAGAAUUGACAGGAGGUAAAUGGAAGUCAACCGAGACGUGCAUGCCUCCGAUUGACUUGAUCGAGUUUGGUAAAAAGAUACCUCCAGAGUGGAUCGAUCCAAGAGAAUCCUUUGUCAUUGAAGUCAAGGCAAGAUCUGUCGAUAGAUCACUGUCGAGAAACUAUAAAGUGGAAACCACUUUGUAUAACGCAUACAGUAGGAGAAUUAGAGACGAUAAGGACUGGAAAACAGCGACAACACUUGAUGAGUAUAAAGAGAUCAAGCUUUCUAGCAGGGAUGUUGGGGAUGAUUUACACAAGUUAAACGUUCAAAGAAAAAGAUUGCAAAGGAAGAGAAAAUUGGAAAACCGGGACGAAGAAGUUUGGAAUUUAACCUUGAGCUCAAGACAGUCUAGUCUGUUUGAUGGGUUAACAUUCAUGGUGAUAUCUGAUGGGUUUUACGAAGGUUGUAAAUAUUUCACCACUGAUAUCGAGUCCGUUAUUAGAAAGAACGGGGGUACAAUAACGAAGAACCAAGCCCUUGUCGAGGAUGUUUCCCUCUUGAGAAUCAUUGGGAAUAAGAAAACGUUACAGGCGAUUUAUCUAAGAGAAGAAGGAUACGACGUGUUUAAGGUGAAUUGGAUAUUCGAUUCAAUCAGAGAAAGGCAACUCUGUAAAGUAUUACCAAAGCAUUGUCUUUUAGUAUCUAGCAAACUGAAGGAGGUUGCUGCCCAAAGAGUUGAUUCUCUUGGAAUUGGUUUCACAGCGAUGGUCACCCCGGGGAGUCUCAGGAGAGUAUUACAGGAAGAACUACAGAUCGAUGGACCUGUACUGAGAGGUAUAGAGCUAGUUCAACUCUUUGGAGGGUUAAAACCCUACGUGUAUGCCAACGAUGCCUAUGAGCAGAAGAUGAUGGAAUUACAACUGCAGAGAUUCGGUGCACGAGUAACCUCGGACUUGGAGACUUGCAACAUUGUAAUUGUAUCUUCUGAUGAGGCAUGUGAAUCACAAGUGAAACAAAUGAGAGGACAGUUAUCAUCACUUGCAAAAUAUCGUGAUUCCAAGGUUGAGACGGUUCGAAUCGUCACUAUGCCAUGGAUAUCAAAGAGUAUUGAAGAAGGCGUGCAGGCUGAUCCGAGGGAUUUCCAGGCGAUAACGAAUAGAGACAUCUAAACCAUACCC